AUGCAUUGUAACAACCUCAAUCUCUGCCUCUCUGACUGCAGACUUCCAGAGGUGACCCGUCUUGACCUGAGCUACAACCCGAUGACGUACCUGGGAGAGGAGGUGGUUUCCAUGAAGAAACUGACGCACCUCUUCAUGGAUCACAUGUCCCUGCAGGACCUGGACCCCACGGCCUUCUCCAAAUCCAGCAAACUGGUGCACCUGGACCUCGGUCACAACCAGCUGAGAGUCCUGCAGCCUUUCUCCGAGGGAACGUCGUCGCUGGCUCGCCUCAACCUGGCCGGGAACCCUCUCUCCUGCAACUGCUACCUGCGUCCUCUCAGGGAAUGGUCGAUCCGUAACAAGGUGAAGCUGCUGGGCACCUGUGGAGGUCCGGCCCACCUGUCGGGGGAGAGCCUGGAGGCUGUGUACCCUCCGGAGCUGCGCUGCCAGAGCCAGGAGGCCAUGCUGAGGGCGGAGAGGGAGGAGGCCGCCAGGAUCACUCCUCCUCCCACUCAGGAGCCAAAGAACAAGGUCAAGUGUCCGGCAAACUGCGUCUGCGAGGCUGAUACACACCACUCUUCGUGUGAGAACCGCGCUCACACUAAAGUUCCUCGGGGUUUUUCUCCGGACACGAGGCUCCUGGACCUCCGAGGAAACCACUUCCACCUCAUCCCCAGCAGCAGCUUCCCCGGCGUGACCCAGGUGGUUUCGCUCCACCUGCAGCGCUGCAAGAUCGUGGAGGUGGAGGACGGGGCGUUCAGCGGCAUGAAGGGCCUGAUCUACCUUUACCUAUCCGAGAACGACCUCUCCUCCCUCAGCCCCGACGCCUUCAAAGGCCUCCCUCAGCUCACGUACCUCCACCUGGAGAAGAACCGCUUCACCGGUUUCCCCCGGGGAGCCUUCAGCCUGGUGCCCAGCCUGCUGGCUCUGCACCUGGAGAACAACUCCAUCUCCAGGCUGGAGCCGGACGUCCUGCUGGGGGCCGGGAGCCUGCGCUCGCUCUACCUCACCGGGAACGCCAUCGGGAACGUGUCCCCUCGAGCUCUGGAGGGGGCGGGGGACCUGGACACGCUCCACCUGGGGGGCAACAAGCUGAAGGAGGUGCCCACCGAGGCGUUUAGUAAGAUGGGGAGCCUGCGGGACCUGAGGCUGUCCGAGAACACCAUCCGCUGGGUGGGGCCGAACGCCUUCAGACCCCUGGAGAGGAGCCUUAAGGAGCUGUACCUGGACAACAUGGGGCUGGAGAAGAUGUCUCAGAGCUCCCUGGCAGGGGUGGGUCCAGGUCUGAGGAGUCUCUUCCUGGAGGGGAACCUUCUGGAGGAGGUGCCGGACCUCCACCUUCUCUCCUCUCUGGAGGUUAUCAACCUGGCCCACAACCCUCUGAUGUGUGACUGCCCUCUGCUGCCACUGCGCAUGUAA